GGAAGAGCAUCUCCGUCCAGUUAUGGUUUAACUUGAGGUGAUGGGCUGAUAAUUAACCUGAGAUGUGUGGUAGGGAUAGAUAUGUCUCCUGUUUUGGACUGUUUUCUGACCGUUCUUCCUGUUCUAUUAGGAGACUUCCAAUAAGGCCAACUUACGCAUGAAAAGGAACGAGGCAAAAGCCCUAGCUGCUCUUGGGCCACCACCCUGCUACCCUCCUGGGGUGGCUGGUAGCCUAGCGGUUAGAGACGUGAGCCAGUGGCCAGGGGUUUCCAGUUCAAAUCUCGGGUAUGACGGGAAGAAUCUGGCGUGCAACUGUAGGUUCCUAGAUUCCAUUGCCUGUCGUUGUGCCCUUGGCCGCAGCAGCACCUCUCCAAAAAACCUGUGUGUCUUUGGGAGGGUUCGGGUUAAGAGCAGGAGUCACGUUUCGGUUGAACCUUGUGUGGAAUUGACUAAUGAAGUAAUCUUAAGUGCAACACUUGGGGGCUGUCACGUGUAUAAGGGCUGCUUCCCAGGGUGAAGUAUUCACUUCAAGGAGAAUAAUCCAAUUUAAGGAAGUUCCCUCAAUUCUACAAUGCAUCGAUUUCAGAGACUAAAACCAUGAGCCCCAAACAUGUUAUCUUCAAGAAACUCUCCCGUGAUAAGUCGGUUGGGGUGUACAUGGCCAAGAGGGACUUUGUGGAUCACUGUGACUCUAUCGACCCUGUUGAUGGAGUUGUGCUGAUCGACCCUGUACAGGUCAAAGGAAAGAAAGUGUUUGUCAUGCUGUCCUGCACGUUCCGGUAUGGCAGAGAUGACAUGGACGUGAUGGGUGUGGCCUUCCGUAGGGACAUCUUUCUGACCACCCGACAGGUGUACCCCGAACUGCAGGACAAGGAAAGGAGCAUACACACCAAGAUGCAGGAGAAACUACUGCGCAAACUGGGAGACAAUGCCAUUCCUUUCUUCUUUGAGUUCCCAGACAACCUGCCGUGCUCUGUGUGUCUGCAGCCGGCUCCAUCCGAUGUGGGCAAGCGCUGCGCUGUCGAAUUCGAAGUAAAGGCUUUCUGUGCCGAGAACCAAGACGAGAAAAUCGAAAAGCGGAGCUCUGUGCGUCUGGCCAUCCGUAAGAUCCAAUACGCACCGGAGGAUAGUAAGACCAUCCCGUCCUCAGAGAUCACAUGUGAGUUCCUCAUGUCGGACAAACCCCUGCAUAUGCAGGUCAGCCUGGAGAAAGAGACACACUACCAUGGUGAACCAAUCAAGGUCAGUGUCUACAUCAACAACAGCUCCAGCAGAUCACUGAAAGACAUCACUGUUGCAGUGGAGCAGGUGACCAACGUGGUACUUUAUUCCAAUGACAAGUAUGUCAGGGCAGUUGCCCUAGAAGAGACCUCAGAUACAGUGCCCCCUGGAACAACCCUGAAGAACGUGUACACCCUAAUUCCUCUAUUGGCCGCUAACAAGGAAAGACGAGGCAUUGCUCUGGAUGGGAAACUGAAGCAUGAGGACACCUGUCUGGCUUCCUCGAGCAUUGUGAAGGAGGAAGUCCUAAAGGAAGUGCAGGGUAUGCUUGUGUCCUACAAAGUGGUGGUUAGGCUCAAUGCUUCUGGGAUGGUGGGAUCUAGUGAGGUUGCAGUGGAGGUCCCAUUCCGACUCAUGCAUCCUAAACCUGAGCCAGCUAAGGAGGGUGAGUCUGAUGACAUGGUGUUUGAGGAGUUCAAGAGGGUCUACCUGAAAGGAGUCAUCCCUGACGAUGAUGAGUCACCCACCGAGGCAUGAGCGGGCUGUCCAAGGAAGCAGAGCUCUUGCAUGGGUCAGCCACACUGUCGAGCCAUGGCCAAAGGCCUAAUGUACAACAUCAGCUGGACAUCACAGCUUGAAAUGCUGAGGGUCAUGAAGAACCGAAAGACGAGAUGAUGUAGAGAGCUUUUAAGAAUUGGCUGCUUAUGUAAUGUUGUCACUUGUCUGCUUUGCUGCAUGACUCAUUGCUCCAUAUUGGUCAGGUCGUUAUUGUUAAAGAGAUGUGUUCUACAUGACUUACCUGGUAAAAUAAAGGAAAAUCAAUAGAUAAAAUAAGAUUACUGUAGAUGCCAUGGUAUUGCCAUUCAGUAUACCUGUAGACAAAUCCAGACCCAAGGCCUAUGCUUUAUAGUAAUGUUCACUGUUGUAUUGAUUUACUGUACGUUAUACAGAAUGCAUCUGUACUGAAUCAC